UCGCCAUAUUGCUAGGUCUUGCAGUUGAUCUCCGCAUGUGCACCUGGAUUAUAAUGUUAAACCUGGAUUAAUUAAGGAUUUGGAGCAUUUAUGAAACUCUGUGAGAGGACAGUAAAAUGUCGUUAGCUGUAAUAGGACGCCGGUUGAGUGCCAGCUUCUGGUGUGGGACAUGGAGCAGAUUUCCGCCUGUAUCCAAAAGGUGUGUCUCCUCCGCCCACCAGAUCCGCUGCUCUCAGAUUUUCACAAAAGCCCGGGCUUGCCCUCUGCCUCCCAGAUACGCUGCAAGUUCUGUCGUCCAAGCCGAAUCGAUCCACUCCUCAUCCCAGAGACUGAAGAAACGGCAGCCGGAGGAAACUUCUCCACGAGAACUUGACUUGGUUCGCUACGAUCUGAGGGAUCUGAAGAACGCCCCGAAACCAGCUCUGUACUUGUCGUUUUCCGGGCUCGUACCAUUUGUAUCCGCUCCGUUACUCAUGGCAGUCACAGAGACGUACAUUCCUGAAUUGGCUUACGCUCAAGUUGUGUACGGAGCCUCCAUCGUUUCCUUUCUUGGUGGCGCUCGAUGGGGCUUCGCCUUACCCGAGGGCAGCCCGGCAAAGCCCGACUGGCUGAACCUGGCCAAUGGCGUCGUUCCUGCUCUAAUAGCCUGGGUAGCUCUUCUGUUUAGCCAUAAUAUUGUCCAGUCUGGCAUGCUGGUGAUCAUGGGGCUGGGAAUAUCGUUGCACUACGACCUGGCCCUUUUACCCACGUAUCCAAGCUGGUUUAAGGCACUGAGAACGAUCCUCACUACUGUAGCUUUCAUCUCCUUAGUGGCCACGUUAGUUCUUAAAGGCUUCUAUCCAGAGAAGAGAUAUCUGACCCAGGAAUGAUUUUUUUUUAAAUUUAUUUAUAUGUAAAUCUUAACAUUUACAUGUCAUAAGUCAAAUUCCUUUCAGGAGAAAUAAGGAAGUCUAUGUUAGCAGUUGGUUUAUUAAUUUGUAUUUUUUUGUAUUAAUUUGCGAGGGGCGUUCAAGUCAAACCGGGACUUGUGAUGAAAUUUGAAGAAUUGACAUUUACAGAAGGUUUCACGCAUAAAGUGAUUUCAUUUGAACGGUUCAAAUGUUAUAAAGAAGGACGCAUUUCCAUGAAUGGCGCAUUUCACACAUGGUUGGUCCAUUAAAGGAGUUCCUGAGAGGCCAGGGUUUCAGGCGUGAAGCAGGGAGUCCUAUCAUAUCUCCAGGAUACUGAGAGAACUUUCUACCCUAAUGGUAUCGAAGCAACUAGUAAAACACUGGGAUACAUGCCUUAGUGUAGCAGAAGAUUAUAUAGAGAAAUAAACCAAGUUUUUACUCUCCUAACUGUGUUCUAUACAAUUGAAAGUCCCGGUUUCACUUGAACGCCCAACGUAAAUUAAUUAUGGAGAAGAACAGAUUUUAGACAUAUGCUAACAAGACUGUCUUUGUUUAAUUACUGAUACUUUUCUUAUUGGAAACAUUUGUUUAUAUCCAAAAGAGACUGAAGUGCUGAUCAUUUCUAUGUUGCAGUAUUUACAACAAAAGACAAUUAAAAUGUUCAUGAUCA